GAUUCCUCCAAUAGAAAAAAAAAUCAGUUUGCUCAAUGAAAAUAGUAUAAAAUUGUUUUAUAGACAUGAUAGUGUACAAAACUCCAUCGACAGGUGCAUUUCAUUAUCGGAAACAAUUCCAUGCAACACAAAAACCACAGAGCGAAUGUAUUUCUGAUUGGUUUAAGCGGCUUCAAAAUUCAAUUGAAAAAUGUGAAUUUGAGCGAUUUUCCGAUUAUAUGCUGAUUGAUAAAUUUGUAAGCGGUCUCAAUGAUAGUGAUUUUGACAAGAUCUCACAAGUUUCCACUUGGACGACGGAAGAAUUGAUUUUAGUUGUAAUUGGAAAUGCACACAUUUUUAGAAACCUUUCGAUGAAUAGUGCGGAAAAUAACGACGGCAUAGAGAUUGUGGAUAUUCAAAUAAAAAAUGAAGAAAAAGAUGUCGUAACAAAUGAAACCGAAUACGGAUCCUGUCUUGAAUUUCAGAAUAAAGCGGAAUGUGAAUCAGAUUAUCAUGAAGAUCAAUCUAUCCAAUUUGAGAAUAAUGAAGAUGAAUUAUUUACCACAAAGAGAGAAAAAACAACAGAACCUAAUAGCAAGAAGGAGAAAAGGAGUCGCCGUGAUAACAUUGAACGCAAUAAAAAGCAUAUAGAGAUGCUAAAACGGACCGGUCGAUACGAAGAGUACAAAAGGAAAAAAGCCGAAUCGGCCAAAAAUAGACGCAUGAAAACAAAACAGAAUGAACAGUACCUACCGCCAGAAUUGCAAUUGCAUUUAAUAAACGAGCGUCGACGAGCUACGCGAGAAAGAGUUAAACGUUGGCGAGAUCGGAAAUCACAAAAACCGACAGAUAGAAAUUACAUUGCUUGCGAUGAAAGAAUUCAAACUGAAAUUGUGAUGAUUGAUGAAGCAAUUGAAACCGAAGACCGGGGAUAUGACGAAGGUGAUAGAACAAAAGUGUCAAUCGAUGAAAGUUCCCUUUUGAUAUCGAUCGAUGCGAAACGUUGCCUUCGAAAAUAUAUGGAAACGAAAGCGGUAAAAUCGAAACGAAAAUAUCAAAAACCGAAUAAAGAGUUUGAAUGUUAUUUGUGUUUGCUGAAAUGUAGACGAUUGUAUGAACUACGAGCACAUAUAAAUGUAUACCAUCCAGUAGAAAAACGGGAAGUUUUCAAUUGUCCACAGUGCACAAAAACCACCAUCAGCCGAGAGGUGCUCAGUAGACAUUUAAAAAAGUAUCAUGGCACCAUCAAAAUGCACAAAUGUCCCUGUUGCGAUGAGGAAUUUUCAAAGCGUGGUCUCUUGCACGAUCAUUUACAUAUGCAUCCUGAUUAUCGGCCGUUCAUCUGUGAAACGUGUGGCAAUGGAUAUAAAACAAUCAACGAGCUCAAUUCACACCACCGCAAACAUUCCGGAAUUAAAGAAUUCCAAUGUGGUGUAUGCAACAUGUUGCUGGUCUCACGAUCAUCUUAUCGAAGUCAUAUGUUGACGCACACCGGUGAAAAACCGUAUCCCUGUUCAUUAUGCCACAAAAAAUUUCGUCAACUUUCAAGUUUGCGCAAACAUCUGAUCUCAAUACAUAAUCAAGGUGAAAAACCGCACCUGUGUACUACAUGCAUGAAACGAUUCUCAUCCAUAUAUCACUUGAGAAUUCAUAAUAAUGUGCAUACUGGCGCUCGUCCAUAUAAAUGCUUGAGGUGCGAUAGUACAUUUAGUCAGCCGUCUGCAUUAAAAGCGCAUACCGAUCGAAUCCAUGAAAAGAAACAACAAAUUUUAUUCAACAAUAAAUUCAAUAUGCCUGAAUAUAAAACACCGUCCAUUUCAGCCAUUCUUCAUCGAAAAUCAUUUCAUGCAAAUCAAAAACAACAAUAUGAAACGAUAGAAGAAUGGUUUCAACGAGUGUUUGAAUCAGUAGGACGUUGUGAUUAUGGACAACUGUCCGAUUUCAUGCUAAUCGAUAAGUUUAUAACGGGUUUGGAUGCAGAAAUAUUCAAUAAUUUGGAAUUGAAUGCAAUAUUAACGGUUGACAAGCUGCUUCCAACUGUAUUCGGGUUACUUCCAAAUUUAUAUGAGGUUGACAGCGGUGAAGAAAAAUUUAUAAUAUCACAUCAGGUUCAUGAAAAUCAUUCAGCUGUUGAAGGAGACGAUACUUUUUCCAAAAACGAUGGAAACGCACACACUGAAUUUUAUGACAUCAAUAACUGCGAUCGAGCGGAAUUGUCAAAUAUUGAUGUGAAAAUUGAGAAUUUUGAGGAGCCAGAUGAAAUAAGCCAUUUAGAAAAUACAAAUCAAGAAUCAUCUCCAGUUGACCUAAUAGCCAUCACUAAACCUAGCAGUGCUUAUCGCGUACCAAAAACACAAAUCAAAGGUUUUAAACGAGUAAAAAACCAGGGAAUCGUUUGUCUUGACUGUGAUAAGGUUUUCAAACAUAAAAACUCAUAUAAUUACCACAAGCGGACGCACACCGGCAAUAAUUUAUACAACUGUAAUCAAUGUCAAAAGGUCUAUGUGAAAGAAGUUCAAUUAAAAGCGCAUUUGCAAACACAUAAAUAUGACAAUAAAUCAUUCGAAUGCUAUAUUUGCUCAACAAAAUACGAACGAAUACAUGGACUACGGAUUCAUUUUGUUUCGUCACACAUCGAGAAAAAAGUUCGAAAUCUUAAAUGCCCAACGUGUGUUAAAGUGUUCUCGAACCAAAGAGAUUUGGAUUUACACAUUAAAAUUCAUCAAGGAUUGGUAAAACAGCAUAACUGUCAGCAAUGUGAAAAAAAAUUUGAUAAAGCAUCUCAACUUCGAGAGCAUCAAGUGGUUCAUUUGGAAACCACCGAUUUUGUGUGUGAGAUUUGCGGUCGUUUAUUCAAGACGAAACAACUGAUGAAGAAACAUUUACAAAGGCAUAACAAUGCUUUACAUAUCAAAUGUCCCGAAUGUGAUAGAGUUCUGGCAUCGAAGCAAAUACUGAAAAUUCAUAUGCGGCAACACACGGGCGAAAGGCCUUACAGCUGCCAUUUAUGUGAAAAAACCUUUGUUACGCAGCCCAGUUUGGCCAAACAUGUAAGAGUUCAUCGUCAGGAGAAGCCUUACGGUUGUAAAAUUUGUAACAAACGAUUUGCAACCACUUACCAUUUGAAGCUACAUCUCAAUACCCACACGGGAGCGAAACCAUUUGCCUGUAAUCAAUGCGAUAAAGCCUAUACACAAUCGGGCACGCUUAAACAACAUCAAUCCAAGGCACAUCCAGAAACACACCGAUGACUAAUUUUAACGCAAUGAAAUUCUAUUAUUGACAGUUGAUGAGAGUGGUCUUUUCAAAGAGUGGCGACGCAAGUCAAGGAAUUUCAUAAUAAUUCAAGGAAUUUCAAUAAUUAGUAACGAAAUGCAAAUGUAAAGAAAAAAACUAUUGACUUAACAUAGAUUUUUUUGGAAAUAAGUCUUUUUGACAUAAUUAAUACACAGAAAACUAAAAUUUGCGUCAAUAGAUGCAAUAUUUUUUUAUUUUUAUAUUUUGAAGCACAAAUCCAUACAUUAAUAUCCAAAUAUUCAAU